AUGUCUGAUUUGAGGGCAAAAGAGUUAAGUAUUAGAAUAGAGAAGAACUUAUUGGGAAGGUUUGGGAACAAGAGUUGUGUCAAACUGUUCAUCGAUGACCUCUCGGCACAACUAUUGGAUAAUUUGCAUCAACUUUGCAAACAUAAUACCGAUUAUACGAAAAAAGAAUCACAAAAAGUUGUCAAAUACUUAAUUAAGAUCAUCAUAAAGACUGCUAUAAUCAGCAAAAACAAGCGUUUCACUCAAGAAGAGCUCAAAUAUGGACAUAAAUUCAAAGAGGAAUUCCGUUGCAUAUCAAUGACCGUCAUAUCGUUUCAUGAGUUGGAUUUCUCUUACGAUCGCAAUUACAUCACAAACUCAUUGAAUACAUGCAAACAAUCUCUAAAACAAUUGCUUUCAAACCAUUUAACUGAGAAAUCGCUCAAUAAAAUAGACUUUAUCUUCAAGUUCUUCUCAAAUCAAUCAUUUUUGGACACAUUCUUCCGACAAACAAAUGGAGAACUCAAACAAUUAAGAGAUGAAAUCGUUAGAGAUUUGAGUCUUUUGGUGGAGAAACGAGUCAUUUAA